UCGGGACGUCCGAAGAAGGCACGUGGGCCGCCUGAGUCGAGCGGCGCAGCCGGGAGGGAGUUUGUGGGCCCGGCGCGCCUGGCGGCUCUCCUGCUGUACCUGCGAGGGGAAGGGAGAGCUCUUCGGAAAGGUACCGAGCGGUCCGGACGGAGCAGGCGAGGUUUUGCUCUUACUGGAAGCUGAAGAUCCUUUUGGUUGAAGGAAUAUUUAGAUAUAUUCGUUGUGAGGUUUUAUGACAUACCUGAAGACAAUAACUUGAUCAUGACUCUCUUCCAAUGGUAUAAUACAUCUGUAAUGUUUUGUCCUAGUGGCAAAUUUGUUCCAAGAGUGCUGUAAACUGGAGCUGUAUACAAAACUAUCAGCACAAUGCUGCCACGAUCAACCAAAAUGCAGAAACCAUUUCAGCUGGCAAUUAGGACCUGUUUGCUAUCCUAUCGCUCCUGCAUCGUUCCAUGCAUCAAAGGGAAACCAUCCUUACAUCCAAUAAGGCAGAAAACAAUGUUCUGGGUACUGAGCUGCCAAAGUCAAUAUCUGCAUAUGUCUGCUCCUUUUUGGGAUUCCAAAGAAGGGGGCUUAGUGGGCAAGACCUCUUCCCAACCUGAAGACCCUCAAAAUAAAGAACCGAAGAGAGAAAACCUUACCACAUCAGUUGGUAAUUUUGCCAAGGGAACACCUAUACACCCCAAUUCUGUAGAACUUGACCCAUUACAAGAUAAAUCCAUUAGCCUUGUGCAAAGAUUCAAGAAAACUUUUAAACAGUAUGGCAAAGUUCUGAUUCCUGUGCAUCUUUUGACCUCCAGCAUAUGGUUUGGAACUUUUUACUAUGCAGCUUUAAAGGGAGUAAAUGUCGUUCCAUUUCUUGAAUUCAUAGGGUUGCCUGAAAGCAUUGUAAACAUCCUAAAGCAUUCUCAAAGUGGAAAUGCAUUAACUGCUUAUGCGCUGUAUAAGAUUGCAACUCCAGCCAGAUACACAGUGACAUUAGGAGGAACGUCCAUCACUGUGAAGUAUCUUCGCAAGCAUGAAUAUAUGUCCACACCACCUCCAGUGAAGGGAUAUAUUCAAGACCGAAUGGAAGAAACAAAAGAACGAAUCUCAGGAAAAAUGGAGGAAACUAGAGACAUGAUUAGUGGCAAAAUGGAAGAAACAAAAGAAAAAUUAACUGAGAAAAUGGAAGAAACAAAAGAGAGGAUAACUGAAAAGAUACAAGAAACCAAAGAGAAAGUUUCAUUUAUAAAAAAGAAAGAAUAGGAAAAUUAAAGUGAAAGGUGAUAUUUUUAAUCCUUUAGAAUGUAUGAAAUCUAUGUUCUUGCUACUGUUCAUGUCUAUUUUGUUACAGGAUGACUAGACAUUUGAAAGCUAAAAAGAUAAUGCUUAAGACUUGCACUGGCCUUAAUAAAAAAUUAUCCAACAUUUUCCAAUAUACGAUGUAGUAAAUGCAACAGUUUUCUCCACAACUCAGUUCCUAGAGAAUAUUCUGUGGUCUUCCCAUCAGUGACUUGAAUGAAUCUCUGCACGUUUGAUGAAGCUGAUAUUCUUACCUGGCAUCACUCACCUUGUUGUAAAACAAAAUAUUAAAAUGGCUCAUUCAUGUAAACAA